UAGCCGGUCGCCUGUUUUGCCCGUGGAGCUGCUUCAGCUCCCGCGGUUUUGAAAUUUUGACCGGAUCAGCCGGUGGAGCAAACGGGGUGCAACCGGCGCCACGUCGCGCUCGGCCUCCACUCCCGUAUCCCAACGGCCAGAUCCGCUUGACGGUGCCGUAACGGACCCGGCGCGCGCCGUCAUAACGGGAAAAGAAAAAGGGAUUACGCCGUGGGAUUAAAUCCUGGCCGUCCAUUUCGGAUCUAAUCACCUCACCCUCGUUUUUAUUUUUUCCUUUUCCUCUUUUCUUCGUAAUAGAGUGCUGCUGGUUUUUCUCUUUUCUUCGUCAGAGAGAGAGAGAGAGAGAGAGAGAUGGGGAAGUACAUGAAGAAGUGCAGAGGGGUCGGGGAAGUGGCGGCGAUGGAGGUAACGCAGGUGGUGGGGGUGAGGACGAGGUCACGUGCGGCGGCGGCGGCGGCGGCGGCCGCGGCGGAGGAGGAGGAGGAGGCGAAGAAGACGAAGGAGGCGGCGGCGGAGGGGGAGGUUGAGGGUUACCUGGAGCUCCGCAGCCGGAGAUUGGCCAUGGCGACGCGAACGCCGAGGUCGACGGCGAAUUCCGGAAGCGGCGGCGGAGGCGGAGGAGGAGGAUGCCCUAGCCGCGCCUCGAGGGGGACGAUCUCGCGGUGCUCGAGCAACGCCUCGUCCGCCGCCAUAGCGGCUCUCGAGGCGGCGGCGGAGGAGGAGAUCAAGGACGACGCUCGAAACGCCGGACCGGGCGAGCCCGAGGGUUGCAACGAUCUCGGGAGCUCCGUGAGCUACACCGAGUGCAGCAGAGAAAGGAGGGAGACGACGCCAUUAAGCGAGCUCCGAGACGCCGAAUCCGAGGAGCGUAGGAAGCGUCGGAGAUCCCGGGAGGCGAAUGCGCCAUCGGAGGCGGAGAUCGAGGAGUUCUUCGCCGCAGCGGAGAGCGCCGAAGCGGAGCGAUUCGCCACAAAGUACAAUUUCGACGUCGUCAACGAAGUUCCGUUGGACGGCCGCUACGAGUGGGUCCGGUUAAGCAGCUGAAGCCACAACCCACAAAGAAAA